AUGUUCGGUCCCUUCCGCCUCACAAAUCCGCUGUCGGGCGGUCUGCUAUGGAAAGUGCCAUGGCGACUCUCCAGGCACCAAAAGUACCGCCAUCGUGAGCGUCUACGACAUGUCGACUCCGUUGUCUCCACUCUCGAUACCGCACUACGACGAAUGGGCCAAAGCAUGAAGAAGGUGGAGCGCUGGAAGACAGAGAUGCCGACUGAGGAGGAGAUGCUCCCGAAAGACAAGUACACUGUUUUUGACCGGAAAGUAAAGAGGUAUCGCAAGGGAAUACAUAAGGUUCCCAAGUGGACGAGGGUCAGUCAGCGACUCAAUCCUCCAGGUUUCUAG